UUUGAUUUUGAUCUUCAUCGACACCCCAUCAUCAUCAGUGUGGCGCUUGGCGAAAUUUUGACCCAGUUCAGUUUAUUCAGUCUCGGUUGAAUUUCACGUGGAAUAUAAGAUUUUUGUGAGUUGCACAAAGAUUUGUCACUCAGUUUUAACUACUGAAAUAAAUAAACAGUUAGCAGUACUUUUUCUUCAACAAACUAACGACAAAAAGUGAAGCAGAAUGUUACUUCUACGAUCGCUGGCAUCGAUUGGAUCAAAGGUCAACAGAUCUGCAAUUCGGAAGUCGGCCGUUAUCUGUGCGGACAGCAAUGGGAUUAAUAAAUUUGCCGUACUUGGUCAAAGCAUGUCGCAAAUAACAUACCUAAAAGGACAAAGCGAUUUGGAGUGCACCGCGGGAACUAUGAAUGAUGUGAAGCAAGUUAUCAUCGAGAAGUUGGGUAUCGAAGUGGGAUACACCCCAUUCGUAAGUACUCGCGAACAUCUUACUCAGUAUGCACCGAAAUCUAUGGAUGAGCUGCCACCCAGGAGCAUGCAAGAUUCUUUCACUUCUGCUAUCAUACCCUUGACGAGUGAUAAGAUUCUGAAGGACAAAUACGUCGGAUUUAUGGGGAGCGUUCGGUUAGGUCGCCUGAUGGAGGACAUGGACAUGUUUGCCGUCUGGGUAGUGCACAAACACUUGUUGUUGCCAAAACUACCGGAAGGCAUGGCUCUUCCGUACACAUUUGUGACCGUUUUGGUGGAUAAGAUUGACUUCACUGAUUUAUCUCCGACGCAUGAUGCUGACAUCCGUUUAUCUGGGCACGUGAGCUGGGUGGGUCGAACGUCAAUUGAAAUCGUAGUAUGGAUGGAGCAAAAAUUACACGGAAAAUGGCGCAAGUUAACUCGAGCGCUGUUUUUAAUGGCGGCUCGAGAUGCAACUAAUACGAAAGCUGCCCUAAUCAACCCUCUCAUUCCGGCCAACGAUGAAGAGAAGGCCAUAUUCGACGGAGGAGAAUCUCGAAAAAAGCGACGAAUCCAGCUGCAAAAAGAAGAUCUUUUGAAAGCUGAACCGAACGACUUCGAACAAGGUCUGGUUCAUGACCUGUUUGUCAAAUCGAUCGACACGAAGAGUCGUGCGUUUAACAAGCGAAUUCUGCCCCCUGGGUAUAUAUGGAUGGAGGAUGCUACUAUGGCCAACAUUGUUUUCUCCCACCCGGAGGAUCGGAAUGCCCACAACAAAGUUUUCGGCGGUUUCUUGAUGCGCAAUGCACUGGAGCUGAGCUGGGCUCUGGCCUACAACUUUGCCAAACGGAGACCCAAACUUGAGCAUAUAUCUGACAUUAGUUUUCACCAUCCGGUCGAUGUUUCUUCGAUGUUAAACAUGCAGGCUCAUGUGAUUUAUACCGAUCUACAUUACAUGGAGAUUGUCGUGCUGGCAGAUGUCUAUGACGCUGUAACCGGGCAGCAAACUACCACCAACUCGUUCUAUUAUACCUAUUCGGUGGCUGAACGAUUGCCACUCAUCAUGCCCAAAACGUAUCACGAAGCCAUGUACUACAUAGAAGGACGCAGGAAAUUUCGAUUCGCUAUGGGCCUGGACACUCCGAAGAAACCAGCCGUAAGUAGUCAAUAGCAUCAGGAUUGAAAAUCCGAACAUUCUGCAAGAGUGUGCAGCAUAUGCAGUCAUAUUGAUAUUAAAUUAUUAAUACAGGUACUUAUUUUUAAAGGUAUUAGGUAGUCGUUCUAUUAAGUUUUCAAUGUAUUGUUUCCAUGUUUGUUUUUCUGUUAUGAUAAUUCGACAUAUUAUUAGCCUUUUGAAGCAGCAAAUGAUUAAAAAAUAUAACUAUUUCUUGCCAAUAACAAAUAACCAGCAAAACUUUA